CUUGAGUCUUGAGAGAGCAAGACAGAGUGACGGCAUGCCACCGAAGGAAAGGGAGUCAGCCAGGCAGAGCUAAUCCCCAGACAUGGCCAGAAGGAGUUGCUCCAGCGGUUAAAGGAAACCCAGGUCCAAAGAACUUCUAGGCAAGGCGAGAGCUGAGAGGCACUUCCUGAGACUUCUGCUCACCAUGAAGGCUUUCCUGACUGCAGUUCUGUGUCUGUGCACCCUGGCAGCCUUCUCUGACUGUGUCACAGUCCAGGUGGGAGAGUUCUCAUUCCCCCUGGAGUCUGUGAAGAAGCUGAAAGACCUCCUAGACAGUUCCGUGACCAGGAAUCCUCAUGUGCUCAGCAUCAGAUCCGCUUCUCUGUGUGCCAACCCUGACAUUCCCAAGGAGUUCCUGAAACUCUGUGCCACACCAGACGCUGACCAGAUAUUUGAGGAUUUAAAACCCAUCGCGAGAUCCCCCGAGCUUUGUGAGAUUUGUGCUUUUGCUGCAUGUGCCGGCUGUUGAAGAGAGGCAUUACGGCAGCACUGCUCCAGCUCCCUCCAUUGCCCUUCAACCUCUGCUUUCUGCUGACCUGAGAAGACAAGAUACGGACACUAUGACUCCCUCCAUCUUCUCGACACCGCUCUCUCAUGCCAGCUUCAAUACUGCCAGCACUGAACAUUGAAAAUCAUCAGCCAGACCCCACCCCACAAAUAAAAAAUAAUAAAUCUG